AUGCGGUGGAGAAUAGUCGACGACGGCCAGACACCGCCGGCAGUCUACAACUGGAAGAUCCAACUCCUUUCUCUUGCUGCGUCUUUGGGAGGAAUUCUUUACGGGCAAGAAAUCCAUCCCCACUAUGACCUCGCUUUUUUUGGCGGCACACUUGCGCUGCCAUCAUUCAAGAAAGACUUUGGUCUCCUGGACAAGAGCACGAGCGAAAUCAACGACCUGUCCAGCAACUUGAUCAUCACAUUCCAAGCGGGUGCCAUCCUAGGCUCCCUUAUCGCAGUGCCUCUGAUCGAGACGGUGGGACGACGAAAUUCGAUCUUGGUUUCGGCCUCCGUCUAUCUCAUCGGUCCAGUCUGCCAGAUGAUUGGCACGGUCCAUGCUUUCUAUGCUGGACGCUUCAUUGCGGGACUCGGCGUCGGACCGUUGACCGUCGCCUGUCCCCUGUACAUCUCAGAAAUCGCUCCGGCCGGGCUGCGUGGCCAGCUGAUUGCCAUCUACGACAUCAUCUUCCAGACCGGGUCCGUCAUAGGAUUCUGGGUCAAUUACGGCACGGCGCUGCAUAUCCCCAACACCAAUCCCGCACAGUGGAGAGUGCCAGUGUCACUUCAAUUCCCCAUGGCUGGCUUGCUCCUGAUUGCGGCAUUCGUCUUGACGGAAACGCCUCGAUUCCUGGUUCAGCGUGGGAGAAUAGAUCAAGCAAGGGCCGUGCUGGCGAAACUUCGCCAGUUGCCCGUCCACCACGACUACAUCCAGCGUGAGAUGACGGAUAUUCAGUUCGAAACCAGUAUUGAACGAGAAUCACUGGGUCUCACCGAGCACGAUAAUGUCUUCACCAAGCUGAGGGUCCAAAUCCACCACGCCUGGCGGCCCGAGAUGAGGCGGCGCAUCACCCUUGGACCUAUUCUGAUGUUUUUCAGUCAACUCGGAGGCAGCGGCGGCGUGGUGUACUAUACACCUCGACUCUUCCAAUCCUUCGGUGUCGUCGGCAGUAACGCAAGCCUGUUCACAACCGGAAUUUUCGGCCUGAUCAAAUUUUUGACCUCCAUCUUUGUCCUGUACCUGCUGAUCGACCGCUUCGGACGGCGCACGCUCUUGAUCACAGGCACAUCAAUGGGCGUGAUCUCGCUCUUCAUUAUCGGUGCAUAUCUUAGAGCGAAGAAGCCCGAUCCCACGGCGAACCAUAUCAGCGCCGGCGGCAUCGCGGCCUGCGCAUUCAUGUAUGUCUACAUCAUUGGCUCCGUCACUGGCUUCUCGGGCAUCCCGUUCAUCAUGCAGAAUGAGGUCGUCCCGACCAACCUGCGGGCCGUCAGCGGCGGGUUGAGCAUGUUCACGCAGUGGACGUUCAGUCUGGUCAUUACCAAGACAACACCCUAUAUGAUCACGUCCAUGGGGUACGGUAUGUUCUUUCUCUUUGGUGGGCUUUGGGUCAUUGCCAUCUUGUUCGUCUACUUUUUCGUACCGGAGACGAAAGGUGUGCCGCUGGAGCAUAUGGCCGCCGUGUUCGGUCAGAAGGAUGUCGUCGCAGAGGCUGAGGCAGAAGCGGGUGCUGAGGGCGCUCGUGGUCCAGAAACAACCUCUGUGGAAAAGAGUGGCGUCACGGUUGAACAGAGGGGCUGA